AAUUCGAAUUAAACGAACAAUUUUGCAACAGUAAAAGCCAGAACGGCGAUAUGAACAGACAUCGUUUUCAGACAUGUUGAUUGGUAGAAACCUGCGCCAAAUUUUGAUUUUGCUGGUUAUUCUGCCCUCUUUAUCACGGAUAACUCAAGCGAAAAAUGUAUUGGCCGUAUUUUCAUUUGGUGUUGAAUCACCUUAUAUACUGGUUAGGCCUUUAAUUCAGGCCCUUGUCCAGAGAGGACAUCAGUUAACUGUAAUUUCGGCUGAAAAAUAUUUAUCCCCAAUCACUGGAAUACAACACAUACGCGUAAAAAAGUUGGAUAACUUACUUCAAGAAAUGACAGACUUCACUUUCGAAAGAAAUCCUAACAAAUGGAUGGAGGCGAAGUGGCUAUCAAGUUACUUCACCCAAGCAUCGCAUCAUAUUAUGACGAAUCGUGAUGUUCAGCAGCUUUUGGUCAAUUCAAGUGCACAAUUUGAUAUGAUCAUAAUGGAUACACCACACUCGGGCGCUCUUUGUGGCUUUGCAGAGCACUUUAAAGCACCCAUGAUUGGAAUAGCAGCCUUUGGUUCCAAUUGGAUUGUAGACUAUUUUGCUGGAAACCCAGCACCAUCUAUCUACGAUCCAUUAUCGCCAGUGGGCUAUUUAUAUGGAAGUUCAAGUAUGUUUGAUAAAUGGAAAAAGUGGAUUUACAUGACCGAGGAAUGGUUGCUGGACGGUCUAGUUUUCGUACCUCCAAACACAAAACAAUUUAAGAAAUAUUUUAACAACACCAAUUCAAAUUUCGAAAUGAGUCGCCGAAAUUAUUCAUUGAUUUUGGUAAAUCAUCAUUUUAGUCUGGGUCGCGUUAAGUCCAAUGUGCCCAAUCUUAUAGAAGUAGCAGGCAUGCAUAUUUGUUUCGAAAAUGUAGAAUGUAAGCUAGAUCCUAUACCAGAGGAUCUUCAGAGAUUUAUGAAUGAGGCUGAGCAUGGAGUAAUAUAUUUCUCAAUGGGUUUAGAAAUUCAGAUGAAAUGGCUACCAGAUUGCACAAAACAAAUGCUAUUUCAAAUGUUUUCGAGUCUAAAACAACGUGUGGUAUGGAAAUAUGAGAAUUGGGAAUCUUUUAAUAACAAAUCCGAUAAUAUCUUUUUUGCCUCAUAUCUGCCACAAGAACAAAUACUUGGACAUCCCAAGGUGAAACUUUUCAUUACUCAUGCUGGUCUUUUAAGUCUUAUUGAAGCAACAUAUUUUGGUGUUCCCACACUUAGUUUACCCCUCUAUUAUGAUCAAUUUAACAACGCCCAUCGAAUGCACUCGACAGGUGCGAGUAAAACUAUAGACUUCAUUUCAAUAAAUGCUGACAUAUUGAAUCAGAGUAUUCAAGAGAUACUACAUAAUCCUUCCUAUGCAAUAAACGCUAAAAAGUUGUCAACUCGUUUUCGUGAUCAGCCCAUGAAUCCCUUACAAACGGCUAUAUGGUGGACUGAAUACGUUUUAAGGCAUAAAGGUGCGCCUCAUAUGCGCAUAACAGAGCAUGACUUAUCAUUUAUGAAAUACUAUAAUCUUGAUCUUAUAUCGAUAGUCCUUCUCAGAAUUAGCCUAUCUGCUAUUAUUAUUAUAUUUUUAGGUUUCAAACUAAUAAAUUGGAUUAGAAACCGAUCUCAUUCCAGGGUAAACAGUCUCAAUUCAGGGUGAUCCCCGAAAAAUCGAUUGAAAUAAAUAUACAAUUUAAUUUCUGCUUUAUGUUUGACGAAUUCUUUUUUGGAUAAACUGAAAGUGACAGAUGUAGUUUAUGAUUGUUCUGAUAACGAUUACCGAGUGUAAAGAUAACGUUGCUUUUUUAUUAGACUUUAGUGAUAUGAACUCUAAAUAUAAAAGACCCUUAGGAAUGAAAUUCGCUAUAAAUGCUAAUGCUAAUUUGGCUCACACAGGAGAAUUGUCGUGUAUAUCAAUAUUAUAAGGAAUGUCGCCGUAUUUCCAUCAGACAUAAACAACGCUAUCGGGUUGAUAAGAUUAUACAAGGCUGUCGCGAAUUAAGAGAGUGUUAGCAAAAUUCUGAAAUCAGUAUUAGAAGUGCCAUGAGCGCAUAUGGUUUAUCGGCAUGCUUUUCGGCAAAAACAAUGACCGUGUCUGGCUUUUAAUAGUUAUAUUUGGGAUCAGUUUUCACUACACCCAAGCGGAGCAUAUUUUGGCAAUAUUUUCGUAUGCCUUCUCUUCACCCUAUCUGGUGGUUUGGCCACUUAUUAAAGAACUCGUUGACCGAGGACACCAAGUGACUGUAAUUUCAGGUCAAAAUCAUUUUCCCAAUAUCGAUGGGACUCAUCAUAUUCGCGUCCAAAUGAAUGACAACCUAUUACAUGAUUUGUUAGACUCAGAUAUUGUAUUGGAAACGAUAUCCUCAAAAUGGAAGAAGUCAACAUAUAUAUCAAAAUUCUAUUAUUACUCCUCACUUAAUAUUCUCAACGAUUUGGAAGUACAGCAGCUACUACAUAACUCAAGUGCCAAGUUUGAUAUGGUUAUUAUAAACACUCCUGCAUCCGAUGCUCUAUGCGGUUUUGCACAGCACUUUAAUGCCCCUAUGGUGGGAAUUUCUGCUUUCAGUUCUGCUUGGAUUGUUGAUUACCUUGCUGGGAAUUCAGAGCCAAGUGUGUAUGAACGCAUGUCGCCAGAGAGUUACAUGUCGGGCAGUCCAAGUUUUUUAGAAAGGUGGAACAAUUGGAUUGGCAUAACCGAGGAGUGGUUAUUAGAGCGAUUAGUUUUAUUACCACCACAAAUGAAACUGUAUAGAGAAUAUUUCAAUGAUUCAUAUUCAAAUUUUGAUGAGAUUCGUAGAAACUAUUCGUUGAUUUUGGUCAACCAACAUUUUAGUCUAGGUUGCGUUAGAUCAAAUGUGCCCAAUCUUAUAGAAGUAGCCGGCAUGCAUUUGUGUUAUCCCAAGAAUUGUAAUCUUGAUCCAAUGCCACAGGAUCUUCAGCAUUUCUUGGACGAGGCCGAGCAUGGUGUCAUCUAUUUUUCGAUGGGCUUAGA